AAAUGUCAGAAAUUAAGAAGAAUCUACAAGAGUUGAAAAAGAACCUUUCAUCGCUGAGGGAAUCCUCGGGACACUCUCUUUGCGUGGCUUUCACCACAUCAGCUAAUAUUAGGUCUAUUCUCUAUGGCAGAUGAAGAGAGAACUGGAAAAGGUGAAAAACGAAGGGAAAAAUACAGCAGAGUUGUGGUUCUUCCUCAAUGGAACUGUACAUCAGACUUUUUUUGACUUUAAAAAGCAAAUCGUUAAACUGGAUCAGAAGGUCAAGAACGUUAGUAAGAUGCCAGGUCCUGUCGGGCCUCCUGGCUACAACGGGAGUCAAGGACCUGCGGGUCGUGAUGUAUCAUCAAACCUCAGCGCAUGCCAGUUUAAAAUGAAAAGUAGUACUAUGACCCCUGGUAGCAAUAGAAUAAUUGUACAUUUUGAUGAACCAACUAAUUCAAAAGUAAUGGCAGUAACAUGCUCAACGGAAUACAACGCUGAGUAUAAUCUUAUAUCGAGGGAUCAAGCAAGUGGCGUUCGGAGAUACGUUUGCACCUGUGAUGGAAAAUCCACACUCUUCAAAAGAGGAACUAGUUGCUACCUGAACUAUUGGAUUUGCCCUUUAACCACGUAGUUCCUGUCGCCUUGAAACAAUGUUUAAUUUAAU